AUGAAAUUGAAGAAUGAAGCAGAAGAACCUAAUAGGAUAGACAUUUUCUAAAAGGAGCAAAUAAUUGAAGAAUUAAAAGACAAAUUUUAAAUGAAAAACCAGUUAUCAUAACAAGUUGAAAGAAACAACGCCAUUCAAAUUGAAAAACAAAAAGAAUUAGAAUAACUAAAAGAGAAGUUAGAAACUAAUUUGGGAAUUGAUAAAUUGUCCUAAGAUAAGGUAAGGAACUUAAUUAAUUGAAUGAAAGAGAUCAAUAAUAAAUUAAAGAGUUAUUAAAAGAUAAAGAAUAAUAAUAAUUUCAAAUAACUUAAAAAGAUGAUACUAUAAAAGAAUUAAGAUUUAAGAAUGAACAAUUCUAAAUAACUAGAAUAGAAAGAACUAACAUUCAAAUAUUGCAGUAAGAAAAUGAUGGUUUGGAAUCAGCUUUGAGUAAUAUUAGGUUGACAAUGAAGGUGAAUAACUCAACAAAUGUUAAAAAUGAUGGUGCAACCAUCAAAGAUUAGGCGUUUAUAGAUCUCUAAAAUCGAUUGAAUGAAUACAUCAAAUUAUUUGAAGAUGAGAAGAAUUAAAAGAAUAAAUUAUCCCAAAAAUGA